AUGGCAGAUAUACCAUCCGAACCUCCAUCGCGAGGUCUUAGGGGGAAAGCGGCCAUCGUGACAGGUGCUGGUUGUGCAGGAGAAGGAAUUGGUAAUGGUCGCGCAAUUUCUAUCAUGCUCGCAGACGAGGGGUGUAACAUACUCUGCUUAGACAUGAAUCUGGAAUGGGCACAAAAGACAGUGGCAAUUUCGUCAUCGAAGCCAGGUCGAGGAAGAGCAAUAGCGUUCAAGGCUGAUGUUACGAAAGCCACAGACUGCGAAGCAGCCGUGCAGUUGGCCCUGAAUGAGUUUGGAAGACUGGACGUGUUGAUCAACAAUGUUGGUAUUGGUGGAGCAGCUGGCACAGCUGUCGACGUCGAUAUGGAAGCCUGGACCAAAGGCCUAGAGAUCAAUGUCAGCAGUAUGGUACAGAUGGCAAAGUACGCUAUACCAGCGAUGCUGAAGAAUGAGGGUGAAACGAGAGGCAGUAUUAUCAAUAUGGGGUCGGUUGCCGGUCUCAAAGGUGGAACGCCUCACUUGCUGUAUCCGACAAGCAAAGGCGCUGUUGUCAACAUGACAAGAGCGAUGUCCGCACAUCACGCCGCAGACGGCAUUCGAGUAAAUUGUGUCUGUCCUGGGAUGCUGUACACCCCGAUGUUGUACGCUGGGGGUAUGAGUGAAGAGGCGCGCGAAGCGAGGCGGAAACGAAGUCUACUAGGCACCGAGGGAACAGCGUGGGACGCAGCUUGUGCGGUGGCCUUCUUAGCAAGCGACCAUGCACGGUGGAUUACAGGAGCUAUCCUUCCGGUGGACGCGGGUACGACUGCUGCUGUUGGGAUUGGGAUGCCCAAAAGUGCCAGCGUCAACGGAUGA